AUGGUGGUGGUGGACAGGCGAGAGGCUUUCAUAGUUUCCACAGCGAGUCAUUUCUUCGGUAUUUCCCCGAAUAAUGCACUAGAGCCUGAGGACCACAUGGUUCUUGAUAGAUUCUUGGAUACCGCUAAUUCUAGAACCCUCUGUGCACAACCGGGAGAUUCCGAUGACUCGUCGCAUUUGAAGUUGAGUAGUGAGGCGGCUGCUGGGAAGAAAACACUUGUUUUCUUCAAGGUCGCAGCAUCUUCCGUCACGAAUGAUAAUUUCCACGAGCUGGUGCAAGUGGCAUCAACCGGUGGAAACUCGGGAUCGGCGUUGAUAGAAGCCCUUCGUCAGGUAUGGGCUCCAACGCUCGAGUCUUCCGGUCUGAACACAUCCUAUCUCAAAAAGCUAGAGGAGGAUCUUCUGGGGCCGCGGCCUCCGUCGACGCUCAUCGAGGAGGAGGCCCUCCUCCGCAAGAAAAAAGAAUCCUCGAAGAAGUCGAACGACAGAAAACUCCUGGAGGAGGCCUGCAAAAUCGUGAAAGACGUCAGAGUUGAGCUGGAGAGUGCAGCCGUCUCCAGGGACGGUUUAUCCGGGGUUGAGGAGGUGCUGGAGACGAUUGCGGGGAGCGUCGACGACCUCUGGAAGUUGGAUGGUCCAGUCUACUCGGAGGAUCAAAUGAAAUCCCUCCUGAACAUAAUCGGUGACGAAGUGGUGAACCUGGUGCAGUCCCUCUUGGAUGAAAUCCGGGGUGGGGACAUUCGAAUGAGAGACGAGGCCUUCGAAAUAGCUGCCAACGUCUGCGAAAAAUGGGUGAAUGUUGGCGAACGGUUGACCACCCUCUUCUGGCCACACCACUCCCUCCACCCAUGGAAGGGUUCACCCUUCUCGCCCCCCAGGUGCGCCAAAUUCAGUGAACGUCUGAAACAAGCGUCAGAACUACGUCUUCAACAUCGUCAGCUUACGCGACUGCUCACAGAAACCGAGAGAUCGACACUGGGGACUGAGAAUCUUCUCCACAACCUCGACGACAUGAAGAUCGUCCUCGAUGAAGAGGAAAAAGACCUCGAAUGGGAGCGACUAAAGAGACGACUCGAGGAGAGCCUGGCACCAGCUGAAGAGCGAGUAACCGAGAAGUUGAAGAAGCAGUUCGCUGGUGCAGGAAGUCCAGUGCUCCUCGUCGGUGAGUUCCAGAGGUACGCAGAGCUCAUGAAACGAGAGGGUGUGAAAAGAGCCCUGCGAACCGAGCGCGAGUCCCUGUUGGCCGCCCUGGAGGAUCUCGUCGAGACAUACCAGAGUGCCCCGGACACGGAGGAUCUCCUGGACGUUCCGAGGAUUCUCCAGGAAGUCCAGACAGCGCGGUGCGCUGAAGUCAAGCUGGAGACACUCCAGAAAAUCUCGAACGAUCUGCUCGUGGACCUCCCUGGGUUCAAGGACGCAGCCGCGAGGAUCAGCUCAGCCCUGAAAGACGCCGAGGGCAGACGCCAGAGUCACGUGGAGACUUGGGUGAAUGACACGAGGGACGCAAUCAACAGCAGGGAUUUGACCCUUGGCACGGAUUCCGCUGUUGUCGAGCUGGUGGGUUCCAGCAUGAUGAAGGUAAAUUACGAUCCCAGGCUGACCCAACUAGUGAAAGAAGCCAGGGCGCUCUCUGGCCAGGGAAUCGAGCUUCCUCGAGAGAUCAGGGACCUGGUGGAGCGGGCAGGUGCUCUCGGUGGACGUGCGAGAGCUCUUCAGCAAGUCGCUAAUUUUCAUAAUACAAUUGGCGACAGGAUGGUGCCCUCUCAGAGGCCCCUGAUGCUCACCACAGCCCUUGAACUCGCCAGAGCCGUUCACGAGCAGUCCGGAGUCGUCUGGUCGGACCUCCACGCCGUCGACGUCUACACGGCACGUCUCCGGGAGUUUGUGAGGAAAUUCGCGAGGCAGAACUCAGAACUCGCGGCUAAACACGUUUAUCUCAGGGAUUUGGUCGCUGGUUUGCUGAAGGGAGAAGUAGUGAAUCUCGUAGGAAGUCAGACCGCCUGGAAGGACGCCCUCAGGAACAUGAGAUCUGUCGUUGACGAAGUGGAUUCACAUUACGGGAAUACCAAAGCCUGGAAGCUGCACUGGGAUCGACAACUGCUGAAGAUCCUCGGAGUGGCGUACAGGGCAGCUCUUCCUAAUCUUAUCAGAAAGCUUCAGGAGAUCAAGAUUGAGCUGACCUUCAGGGAUGGCUGUCUCCAGUGGCGACCGCCUCUUGAGGAGAUUCGAGCUAAACUCUACUCCGGGAUCAGGAGGUUCCUGGCUAUUCCCAUUAAUUUCCGAGGGGUCGGGGACACCGUCGAUGGAAAAUUCGGAAGUCUUGUCCAGAGAAGCGCUUAUUUGUACGGUGGGGUUUACAAGGAAGCGGAAGUGGCGCUCUGUGCUCUCGAGGAGGUCAGGAUGAAGUGGGUCCCACUGGCCGCACCUGCGAGGAUCGAUAUCGGAGAGGAGCUGAAGGGAAAGUCUCCGCAGGACUGGGAGAAAGCUUUCAAGGAGGCCAAACAGUGGGCCCAGGAGGUCGGGAAGCUUCGAGGAGGAGAGGUCAAGGUCUGGUGCUUGAGUGUCGACACCUCGACGACCAGGAAUGAUCUGGAGUCUGCCUCCAGGAGGUACUGGGAUCGAUUGUCCUCGGAUUUGAGGGGCGAGGCUUCAUCCAGGCUCGUCGGGGUUGUGGAUUUUUUGUCCGCCGCUGCCAGGGAGUUGGAGCGACGACCAAAGGAUGUCGAGGAGGUGGGACUCGCCCUUGAGGCGCAUAAGAGGAUCGCUGAGGAGUCCGGCGGAGUUGGGGAUGAAUUGGCAGCUGUUGCCGGACUCGCCAGGGUCAUGGCUGCUUGGACCAGGGAGAAGCUUGAUGGGAUUUCCGGAGCACUUGCUGCGUGGGAGGGUCUCGCUGAUCGUCUUGAAAGGCAUAAAACAGUGGUUGCACGUCAGUUGGAGGACGCGAAAAUCAAUCUACGUCAUCGAGGAGUUGCCCUGAGGGAUGAGAAAGAGAGAUGGGAGGCGCGUUGGUCCAGUAAACCAGAGACCGUCACUCUGGACUGGCUCGCCUCCAUGAGGGAGCGCUGGACAACCCUGGAGGAGCAAAGGGAUUCCUUGACAGCGGACUGCACCAGAGUAGGAUUAAAUAUCAAUGAAAUUCUCGACGAUGAUGUCGAAGCUUCGAGGAGACUCGAGGCGGAGCUCGACGCGGAGGAGUCCAACUGUCGAUUCCAGGAGGAGUUCCUCAAGGAACUUGAGAAUCAAGAGGCUGAGGAGUGGAGUGUGGCCCGGAGAAGGCUUCCGAGGCUUCACGACUGGCUGGAUUCCUGGGAGGAGAGGAUCAGGAUACACCUCAAAGACCCGGAGGAGAGUAAAUCCGGACAGGACGUCCUGCAGAUCGAUACCUUCGUGGAAAAAAAAAUCAAGGAGAUCCGGGGGGGUAUUGAGUGGGUACAACUGUUGAGGGGAGACGAACUAGCUGAGGAACACUGGAAUGAUUUGAAAACCGUCAUUGGGGUUGGUGGAAACCUCAGGGAUGUCACCCUCGGGAAUUUGCUCAAGGCUGCGCCGAUGAUCAGAGAUAAUGUCGAGAGAGUUAAGGAAAUAUCGAAACGAGCGAUAGCAGAGAGUGGAAUUCGUCAGGCCUUGAUAGAGUUGGAAACCUGGGAAACCUCCGCCUCUUUGCAGCUCCAGGAGUCCAGAGAUAGCAAAAAUUCGCCGAUUCACCUCGUGGGUGAGUACGGGGAACUGUUAGCUCGAGCUGGUGAGUUAAAAUUGCUGCUGGAGGGUGCAAAAGGGGCCUCUGGAUACGAGAGGUUCGCGGCACGUGCAGCUCGGUGUGAGACAGCUCUGGUGGAGCUCGAGGAGAGGCUGAUGGCCUUGGGAUCUUUACAACGGAAAUGGGUGUACCUGGAGCCGGUGUACGGUAGUGGAGCGGCUCCGAGUGACUCAGGGAAGUGGACGAGGGCGGAUAAAGAGUUCAGGUACCUGAUGGGAGAAGUGGUGAAGGAUCCACGAGUGCCAUCCCUGAGGAGACUGCCGAUGCCCGCGUUAGUGAGCCUGAAGGAUCUUCUCGACAGAUGCCAGAGGAGUUUGGAUGAAUUCUUGGAAGAGAAACGCUCAGCCUAUCCCAGACUGUACUUCCUCAGCGACGAGGACCUCCUGGAGUUGAUAUCAGGGAGCUCUGAUGGUCUCGACACUCACCUGCCGAAAUUAUAUCAGGGUGUUGGCUCGGUGCAGCGAGAGGAUGGACGACUGACAGCUGUUGUCUCUCCGGAAGGGGAAACACUGGCUCUACCAGUGAGCAUCGAUCUUUCUGAGCCUCUGCCGACGUGGCUGUCGAACCUGGAGGAAGUCCUGAGGAAGGCACUGUCCCAGAGCCUGGAGAAGUGCCUCGUGGACCAUCAGGCUGAUCCCUCCCUUUAUCCAGCACAAGUUCUCCUGCUCUCCGAGAGAAUUCACUUCACCGAGAGGUGUGAGGCAGCCCUGCAGAGUGGAAAAUCCGCACUUAAAAAAUUUAUCGAGUUCCUGGAAACCCAGAGGGCCAAGUUCAGGGGAUUGGAGGACGCUGGGGAUCCCCUGACCUCUCAGAAGGCCAGGAGUUUGCUGCUGGAUACGGUUCAUCACCUCGAUAUUGCCAGGGAUCUCCUCAGGAUUGUAGAAAGUGGAGGGAACACUGCGUGGACGUGGAAUCGACAGCUGAGAUUUUACAAGGGACGACAGGGAGCUGUUAUAAAAUGCGCAGCAGCUGAGUUCUCGUAUGGAUUUGAGUAUCAAGGAGCUGCCACAGGACUCGUGAGAACACCGUUGACUGAGCGGUGCUUUUUGGCUCUGACACAAGCCAUGAAGCUGGGACUUGGGGGAAGUCCUACUGGACCUGCUGGAACCGGAAAAACUGAGAGCGUCAAGGCACUCGCAUCCAUACUUGGACGACUGGUGCUCGUUUUUAAUUGCGACGAAGGAAUGGACGCGGAAGUGAUGAAGCGGAUUCUUGGAGGUCUGGCUCAGGCAGGUGCCUGGGGUUGUUUCGACGAGUUCAAUCGUCUCGAAGAGAAGACACUGAGUGCAGUUGCAAUGCUAGUCCGUCCUCUUCAGGAGGCGGUGAGGGAUGGAUCCACUCAAGUUACUCUGGGGGAUCAAGUGGUCAAUCUGGAUCCUCACUGCUGUGUGUUCAUCACAAUGAAUCCCGCUGGAGAUGACUACGGGGGGAGAAAUAAACUCCCUGAUUCCCUGGCGCGACUGUUCAGACCCAUUGGAAUGGCUCAUCCUGAUCGAUAUGAUAUCGUCAAGGCCCUUCUUGAGUGCGGAGGCUUCCUGGAGGCCUCUUCUCUCGCUCAUCAAGCCGUGGAGACCCUAGAUGUUUCUGAGAAAUUAUUAUCCAAACAACCGCACUACGACUGGGGACUGCGAGCCCUCAGGUCCGUUCUCGAUGCCAUCUCCACUUCAGGGUCUAAAACGGAGACUGAGAGACUGCUGGAGGCCAUCAAAGUUGCAAUUCUUCCGAAAUUAACGGAGGAGGACACCGGAAAAUUCUUGGAGCUCCUUCAAGACGUUUUCCCAAGAAUCGAUACAUCGCAACUCAGCGAUUCUGAAGUCAAGCGAGACCUCAGGAAAAUCCUGGAGGACAUUUGCGAGACUCGGAGCAUCCAGGGGGAUGUGGUGAAUCGGUGCGAGCAGUUGUAUGAUCAAUUGAGAAACAGAACUGGAGUUGCGAUCGUAGGGCCUCCAGGGUGUGGAAAGACUCUGGUGAGAAAUGUACUGAGUGAGGCUCUGGGGAAGUCUGGGGAAACCAUCAAGCAAAUUCUCAUAUUUCCCGGGGCCAUUCCCAAGACCAGACUUCUCGGAAAAGUCGACCCACAGACUAGAGAGUGGAAAGAGGGAUUGCUGUCCUCUGCGAUUUCGUCAGCAGGUUCAUCUGCUCUUUGGAUUAUUUUGAACGGUGAUGUUGAACCUGGAUGGGCAGAAGCCCUCAAUUCAGCGCUGGAUGACAACAGAUUGCUGACACUUCCUAGUGGUGUGGGAAUUAAAUUAGGAGCAGGUGUGAGAUUUAUUUUCGAGACCCAUAAGCUAUCGGGAGCCAGUCCCGCAACGGUCUCUCGUCUUGGUGUUGUGCACCUGGGAAGUGCAGGUCCUUCAGCCUUCCUGAGUCCCUCGACUUUGGAUGGACUUCCAGGAGUGGCACAAAAUAUUGCGAGUGCUCAUCUUCCUGCAGUAGUUUCAGCUGCUUUGAAGUCCUCUGGAGAGGCAAUGUCUGCCUCUGGGCUCAUUGGAUCAGUUUUCUCGCAUUUGGUGAAGGCCUCCUCUGUGAACCUCGUUACUCAUGGGCUUAUCCUGACAAUCUGCCUCCAGCUGGAGGAUGAUCACACCCGGGAGGAAAUAGCCAAGAUGAUUUAUCAACUCACUGACACCUGGUGCCCAGACCCAGAAAAACCUCUGAAUGUCUUGUACAAUCCUGAGCUCGAUCGUCUCGAGCCGUUCACCGAGGUUCAGACGUCGAUGAAUACUCAGGAUGGCCCUGUUUCCCUAUCGAGUGUCUUGAAACAGGGAUUGGCAACGAUUUUGCCUUGGAUCGAGUCUGGCCGAUCGAUUCUCCUGAGGGGCCCCAGAGGCAGUGGCAGAAGCAGUUUGAUUUCCGCUGCCUUAUCCUCUCUGAAGGAUGAUCUGGAGACUAUGAGUGUCGUUAGAGGAUCCUCGUUGUUCGGUCCACAGGACUUGACAGCUAGACUCAAGAAAUCGUGUGUCAAACUCGAAUCUUCGGUCCAUUGGAGAACUUAUAGGCCCAGAAGUGGGAAUAGAGUUAUUCUGGUAGUGGAGGAUAUCCAUUUGGCUUCUAAAGAACUCCAGGAACUCAUCCGCCAGCUCCUACAGGAAUUGGGUUUCCACGAGGAGGACCUCGAAUUCGCGACUCUUCCAAUAACUCUCAUCUCCACCGCCGACAAAUCCACGAAACUCCACCCUCGCCUGAGUUCGCUUCUCUCCGUGCACCACCUGCCGCAUCCCUCCCCCAGAGCAUUAAUCUCCACAGCUGAGGUUCACCUGGAGAAUUCCUUGAAAUCCCUCGGUAUUUCUUCAUCCUGGAUUUCAACCCUCGCCACCGCAAUGUACGGAUCUCUCUCUGGAGUCCCGAAGGAGUCAUUUUCCUGGACGUCUCGAGACCUUACGCUGUGGACGAACACCUUGAAGUUCUACCCACCUCCAGAGCAGAACACCGAGAUCAUCCAGUACCUCCUGGAGUCUGGAAAACGUCUCUUCCACCCAAAACUCACCGCGAAAGAUGAAACCCGUUGGAGAUCCUCCCUGCUGUCCCAGAUUCCUGACUCACGAGAUCGAUCGACCGAGAUGUUCGUGUGGAAUGGAGGAAUAUCUUUGCUACCGAUGGGUCUUGAGGAGUGGAAGCUGGAGGUCGAGGGGGCAGUGGCGAAAUGUGCGCGAGAGGGUGAUCCAGUCACCACGACAAUCUCUUCGCCGUUGCUGUCAACAGUUGGUGGAAUUUGUUGGGCUUUUGGAAGUGGCCACCGAGGGGUCGUCUUGACGGGACGUCCUGGAGCCGGAAGAAGGUCGGCAGCGAAAUUGGCGGCAUCGUACACGUCCCUCCGACUGAUUGAUGCUGCACCUGGAAGAGGAAGAGCUGGAAUCAGAGCUGCAGUGCAAACAGCUGGAGUCGACGGAGAACCAACACUUCUUCUUCUGGAGGAGCACCACGCGCGAGAAGAUGGCCUGGCAGUUCUGGCUGGCGUAAUCGUAUCGAGAGGGGAGAUCCCCGGGCUGCUGACACCUGAAGAGCUCGACGGUAUCGUCGCACCUCUCAACGAUCUCGCGAGGAAAGAAGAUUUCACUGGGACCCUCGAUCAGUUCCUCUAUCACAGACUGAGGAAGCUUCUCCAUGUGGUCGUUAUCCUGGAUUCAUCUGACGUCAAAAGGGAGUGGCUGAUGCAUUCUGGAUUGCUCCAGCACUGUGUUCUUGUCGCAGGUACCCCUGGGAGUGAGUGGUGGACUGUUGAGUGUUCUCUCGCGGAGCUGGGAAAUGAAAUUGUUCAACGGAUGAGUGAGGACGUGUCCGACGCGAUGAAAACUCUCGUCGACGCGCACGUACGAGCUCCCAAGAGCCAACAGUCUCCUGGAAGAUUCCUCGCACUGUUAAGUACCUGGAAGGAGCUCAAGGAUGAAUGGAGUCGUGACGUUGAGAAGAAGCUGGAGAGCCUCGGGGCUGGCAUCAGCAGACUCCAGGAAGCUGGGGAGAGGGUCGCUAAACUCGAGGAAGAAGCUUCCAAGCAACGAAAGCAGCUCGACGAAGAGAAAGGUCGUGCUAAUGCAGCUCUCGAGCAAAUAACUGCAACGAUGCGUGGGGCCACUGGUCAACGGGGUGAAAUGUCGACGUUGAAGGCAGACACUGAAAAAGAGAGCAUUGAUUUGGCUAAGAGAAAAGUUGUAAUCGAGAGAGAGCUGGGGAAGGUAGAGCCUCUCGUAGAAGCUGCCGCACAAGCAGUGGCUGGCAUUGGGGCUGAUGCCCUGGCUGAAGUCAGAUCAUUAAGAGCGCCUCCAGCUGCUGUUAGGGAUGUACUCGAGGGAGUUCUCAGGCUCAUGGGAAUAAGAGAUACUUCUUGGAAUAGUAUGAAGACGUUUCUAGCCAAAAGAGGAGUCAAGGAUGAAAUCAGAACGUGGGAUGCAAGGCGAAGUACUCCAGCGAGUCUGGAGGCAGUUGCAAAGCUGAUAAAAGAGCGUCCAGAUUCAUUUGAAGAGAAGACAGCCAAAAGAGCGUCAGUGGCUGCAGCACCUUUAGCUGCCUGGGUCUUGGCGAAUUUGCAGUACGGUCAGAUCCUGCAGCAGGUGGCUCCCCUCGAGCGUGAGCAGCGUCAGCUCUCGGAGAAGCUGUCCGCGGCGGAAGCACAGAUCGAUAAACUAGCAGCUGGUCUGAAUUCUGUUGAGUCUCGAGUGGCUCAACUGCAGGAACAACUUGCUGAACACUCGAGAGGUGCAGCAGCUCUGCAGCUUCGAACUGAAGCGACUGAAUCGAGUCUAUCAACAGCGAGAGCUCUCCUCCAGAAGCUUGACAUGGAGCACAGCGAUUGGCAGUCGCAGUUCGAGGCCCUCACCACGAGGAAAACUCGUCUGGAUGUGGAGGCAGCUGAAGUGGCCUCACUACUCGUGUACCAAGAUCCUGGGAGAAAUGACAAGUGGAAAAAGUUAGCACUCGAGCUGUUGAUAACCGAGAGGGAACGUCUGUUGUGGCGGGCUCAAGACCUCCCCACAGAUACAGGGAGUUUAGUUGGUGCUGCCUGUGCUCUAAAGGGUCCCCUGGUCCCUCUCUUCGUGGAUCCAUCUGGUAUUGCUGUCACCUGGUUCAAGGCACACUUUGGCAACAAAUUGGAAAUGACAAAACCUGAAGACUCUAAGUUCCUUACGACCCUGGAGCUCGCUGUUCGUUUUGGAAAGCCUCUCCUCGUAGAGGAAGUAGCAGAACUCCCAGCUAUUCUUCUCCCAUUAUUGAGGAAAAAACCUCUGAGGCUUGGAGACAGAACCCUCCCUGCCCAGAACGGAUUCAAACUGUUUUUAGCAACCAGGAGAGAGAGCUUGGAUACUCUUCCCAGUGAGGCUGACGCUGUUCUCUUCAAGAUCACCCUGGGGGCUGGCAGCCGGAGUCUGGCGGAGAGAUUUGUGGAGAAAGCGUUACUGAGGGAUACACCGGAGUUGGAAAAGCAGAGACGAGAGGCUCUGGAACUGGAGGAGAAGUUGUCUGGAGAGAGAGAUGCUGCCAGGCUGGAUCUGCUGGAACAAUUAGGAGCUGCCAGGGGCCAGGAUCUCCUACAGGAAAGUCAGGAGGGAGGUUUGCUCACCUCCUUGGAAGCCACUCAGGCCAAGGCCAGAGAAAUUGCGAGAGCACUUGAGGAGAGUCGAAAGAGGAGAGAGGAGGUCUCCAAAAGGUCAAAGGAACACGAGAAACUGGCCAAAUUUGCUGCUAGUGUUUUUAAAGCUGUGAAAGCUCUGACUUCUCUCAGUCCCCUCUAUGUUUUUUCGGUUGAAGCCUUCACAGAUAUAUAUCUGGAGGCUGAUGCACAGCGGAGAGAGGCUAUGGGCAGUGAUAAAAAGGAGGAGGAGAGCUUUGCGGAGAAAAAAUUAAUCUCUCUCACACUUCAUCAUUGUACCAGAGCUGCGUACCGCAAGCACAGACUUCCCCUGGCUCUUCACCUCUCUCUAUCUCUGGAACCAGUACCAGAAAAUGAACGCAAUCUUCUGCAGGAUGGAGUUGUCCUCAAGAAAGAGGACACUGAAGACUUCAAGGUACCCGAUUGGAUCCCUGAGGAACGAAAAUCCGCUGUCAAAGCUCUUGUUUCGACUUUACCCCAGAUUGCAACGAAAAUGAAGUCUGAGUGGCUGGAGGAUGCGAAGAAUAUCUACAGGGAUCAAACCCUCACAGCCUUCCAGAAAGUUCUGGCUGUUCAAGCACUCCGUCCUGAUCAUCUUCACACUGCACUCAGCAAAUUGACGAGAGAGCAACUCGGAGUGAGGGACUUGGCACCGCCACCCUGGAAUCUUGAGAAAAUUGCUGAGAGAGAACAGAGACCUGUGCUACUCUUACUAUCACCAGGGGCUGAUCCUGGACCUGAAUUGAGAAAUCUUGUUUCGAGAUUUAAGCUUCCGGAGGGGCUUGUCGAGGUGUCGUUAGGUCAGGGCCAGGUGGUGCAGGCUGAAACUGCUUUAGAGAGAGUCUGCAGAAAUGGUGGAUGGCUGUUACUCAGUAAUCUCCAACUGGCUCUGAGUUGGUUGCCACGUUUGGAGAGUCUUCUGCGGAGUGCAAUGUGCACAAAAGAUAAAAAUCCUGCGACUAGAAUUUGGUUGACCACUGAAGAGUGCAGGGGAUUCUACCCAGGACUCGCUGGAAUCUGUGAGAAACUGGCGUAUGAGCCUCCAGAGGGUGUUAAGAGAAACCUGAAAAGAUCGUUGAAACAACUGCAACAGCAGAGAAAUCAGGGGAGUAAUUCCGAAGAGAUCUUCGUCCUCGCUUGGCUGCACGCUGUUCUACAGGAACGGAGGAGAUUCGUUCCCCAAGGUUGGAUUCGUCCAUACGAGUGGAGUGAGGCAGACCUCGAGGCAGCUCGAGAGCUAGUAGUGAAUGUUCCCCAAAUGUCAAAAUCUGGAGGCAACCCAGACUGGGAGGCAGGGCGAGGCCUCCUGGAGGUGGUAAUCUACGGUGGAAGGCUUCAGGACGAAUUCGACAUGCGAGCACUAGGGGCUAUUCUCAGAAGCACGUGGGCCAGAGAUGUAUUCCAGGGACAGAGCAAACUAGCAGGAAUUUUAUCAGUGCCAGAAGCCUGCAGAAGGGAUCCGAUACGAUCCAUCGAGCAGUUGCCAGACUCGGAUGCCCCUGCAGAGUUUUUCGGACUGCCUGCCAAUGCCCUGAGAGCCUGGGAGCGUUCUGCAGCGGAAAUGGCCAUCUCCAUGCUCAAGUCCAUGGUCUCCCGGGCCUCUUCCAGCAUGGAGAGAAAAGCUGCGAGGAGAGUUGAAUCUAAACUUUUGAAGGACCUGGGUAAUUACAUCGACCAGCAGAAGAGAUCUGAUGAGGCUUACGAGGGGAAAAACCCAGUGGAGGGAUUCUUCGUCGAUGAAAAAAAACUAAUCAAUAGACUAAUCAACUCGGUGAAGUCUGAUCUCGAGAAUUCCGGUCUGGAUGGGGGAAAAACGCCAAAAUCCUGGCUGGAGGAAUGGCCUGGGGCUCCCAGAGAAGUCCUACCUUUUGUUAAUGAAUUAUUAUCGAAAGACAGGGCUUUGUCCGCUGUAAAGGGAAUCCCUCGGAGUAUUGAUCUCUCCUCUUUUACCAGACCUCGAGCUUUCUUGGCUGCAUUAAAACACUUUACUGCUAGGGAAUCGAAAUAUCCACUUGAAUGCCUGAUCUUGAGGGCUCACUGGGUGCAUAGCGGGGAAAAGACUGAGUGGAAGAAUUCUAUUAUCAUUGAAGGACUGCUUAUCUCAGGUGCUACGAUCAGAGAAGGUUUUCUUCAUGAAUUGAACUCGACUGCACCUCCAAUAGGAGCUGCACCUCCAUGCCAACUCGCUUAUGUUUCUGGGGGGACUGAUGAGAAUGACACAGUCUACAACAAAUACAGUUUAAAGCAUCAAGUGCUGGAGAUUCCAGUUUACUGUGAUGCACAGAGAAAUGAACUUAUCUGUUCACUUCCAGUUGGCUGCCCCAGUGAAGAUCACGAUGAAUGGCUGAGACGAGGGGUAUCUAUUCAUAUAGGAGGACACUAGUCAAUUUCAAUCCUUUCCGUAUUAUUCCGUAUUAUUGUCUAGUCUUCAUGAUAACGUUGAUUAAUUUAAUUUCACCAAAUUACGAUAACUGGCGAUUACUAUUCGUAAAGUGCUUUAUUAUCGUAAAAUUUAAUAAACUUUACAGCGCAAAAAAGUCUCUGUAUUUAUUUCGUUUUUUUUUUUUUUCAUUUUCAAUCGAAGAAAAAAUAUAAUGGUCUCGUCAUUAUCAAUUACAAUGUUACCUUGAAUAGUAUUAUUUUCUUUCUCUCACAUUCUCACUCGUUAAGUCGCUGAAUUUUUCGUCAUACAGUAUCUAACAAUUAUAAUAAUAAGUAGACAUUACGAAUUACGUUGAGAUUCCAUUGGAAAGUACUGAAAAAAUGUCUAUUGAAUCGAACAAUUGACAUACAAGCAAAUAAUUGAUGAUGAAAAAAAAAUACCAUAUAUUUAAUAAUGAACGAUAAUGAUUGAUAAUUAUUCUGAUGAAAUUAGAAUUAAUGAUGUAUUCAAAUUCUUCAAACAAUGGAGUAAUAACAAUUAUAACUGAUUAAAUAUCAAGAUACUUGUAUUGUUUUCACUAUUUCUGUCUUCCUCAGCAUUUUCUCUCAAACAAUGUCGACCAUUUCGCAAAUUCACAGCAGCUUUAUCACUAGUUUCUCUCGAUUUUUCUUCCAUUAUCCUUCUAUCCACCUUUUCAUUUGUCUGUCCCUCCUCCCCUCGACUGUCUUAUCAGUUAUCAACAAAUGACCUGAUCUUGUAAUGAAAAAAUAUCGGUUAAUAAAUACAACAGUAGUCUCGAAUCGAACUGGUGAUUUCCAUGAUCAUUACAAUCUAGUAGGAAUUUUCAAAAUAGUCUCUUCCCCUAUUAUUCCUUCUACUUAGUAAAUCCGACACACAGAGGAUUUGUAGAAAAACAUUUGUCCUUUGAUUAAAUACAAUUUUCGUCAUUUAUUUGAUGAUUAAGUGACAGCGUCUAAUCCUUCAGAUCCCGAUAAUUAAUUGAUAUUGAUAAUUCAAUAGGUGAAUCAAUCAGUAACCUAAUGGUAAAACAAUAACAAAUUAUAACAAUGGUAGAGAUUCGUAGUUUAUUUUUUAUCAUUUAUAGUGAUAAAACGAUUGUUUCCAUACGAUCUAGGUGUUUAAAGUCAAUUAAUCUCUCAGGGUAUAUCAACAGGCCGCAAUCUUUCACUCCUCCAUCAAAAUACAUACGAGGGCUUUUAUAAUACACACAUCAUUCAACUAGAAAGAUUUUCCAAUUUUCCUUUUAAAUGUUCCACAGCUUUCCUCGUGCUUGAAAAUUUAUUCCGUGGAUUCAUCAACGAGAAAUAAAAUAUUCGGUGGUAGAAAAUUCUCAAUAAUAUUUUCUCGUCAUCUCAGUGAAAAAAAAAACUCAGCUUCAAGUGCAAAUAAUUCCUGAAAUGAUAUAAAAACAUGACUUGCUACUGAAUAAACUGUUCUCCUCGUAUAAACGAAGAAUUUAAUCUUCUCGACCCAAUUUGUUGAAUCCCACUUUAUUUCUCUCGAUUUUCCGUUCGUUAAGGUGUACUUGAAAAUCUCAUCCGUAGCUGUUUGUAUCGGCAAAUUGAAUUGAAGCUCCGUGCUGUUUGAUGAAGAGAAAAUAAUUGAAGGAAUUAACGUGCCAAGUGUUAAAAAAUUGGAAGCGUCUCGAAAUUUCAUGAGUAGAUCAUUGACGCUCGAUUGAAAUAUUCGAAUACAGUCGACAAACACUGAAUAAAAGUAACGAACAAUUUAGUAA